AUGGCCACGGAUCUUUCCGGCGAGAUCAUACGGAAAUCUCAAGAGCGCCCGACGAAUCUAACGGUUUGGCAGUGGGGGCUCACUCUCGGACAAGCGACCGGUACAACAAUAAAUCUUGCUACAAAAUCAAUUAAGCGAAUGUCUAGACCGUCUGAUGAUGGCAUCUCAUUCUAUGAAUAUAUUGCCUAUCAAGGCAUGCGCGAUUAUCAGUCUCAGCUCGGACCUGUUGGCAUCCAGAAUCUCGUACGGUCUACUGCCAAAACAUGCAAACAAUUUGCCAAGAGGCAUGGCCUUCCAUUCUCUACAAUUAAUCUGCCGGAUGGUACGGUAGCACACCGACUUGGAGCGUUAAACUGUAGAAGAAGUGUUGUCUUCUUCCACGGCGGCGGCUACAUGGCCCCGGCUCUUGGCCAGCAUAUCAAUUUCGCUUUCGGAUUCAAUCCAAGUGCUCACAGCGACCUUGCUGUUUACGUACUCCAAUAUAGUCUUGUCACGGAAACAGCAAAUCCAUAUCCUUGCCAACUCCAGCAAGCCGCGGCUUUACUGAACCAUCUUUUAAGAACGGAGUCUAUCUCCCCAUUAUCAACUAUUCUUUUGGGAGAUUCAGCUGGCGGUCAUCUCCUCUUAGGACUUGCGCUGCAUCUUCGGAAUCCACAUCCACAAGUGCCACCGGUAAAAGUUGACGGCAGAUUUGCUGGUGCUGCUCUUAUUUCACCCUGGACAACGCUAUAUGACGAACCAGAACACUCGUCUUCAGAUUACACAGCCCUGGAUAUACUAGAACCCUCCGCAUUGAACCGUUGGGCAAAAUCUUUCCUGGCGGGCGCUCCGCCAGAUCCUUGGAAUGCUCCUCUCACCGCAGAUGCAUCGUGGUGGCAGGACUUACCAAUCGACAAUAUUCUAGUGAUAUAUGGGCGAGAUGAAUACCUCGCUAAUGAUGGCAAGCAAAUAGCAGAGACACUACAGGCCCAUCAUGAGAAAGAUUGUGAAUCGGAGAAGGUAUACAGAGCCUGGUUAGAUUCGAUUCCAAAAGAUAUAUAG